AUGAACUGGCUUGUCUGGGGCUCUGUACCCCUCAUCGUCGUGGGCUUCUGGUUCUACACGAGUACCUUGAGCUUGUCCUUCCCCACACUGCGAAACAAACGCAUACUGUUGCUCAUAGCGCAUCCUGACGAUGAAGCCAUGUUCUUUGCGCCUACCCUACUGUCCUUGACGCGUCCAGAACUCGGCAAUCACGUGAAAAUUCUAUGUUUGAGUAGUGGCGAUGCAGAUGGUCUGGGCGAGACGCGUAAGAAAGAGCUGGUAAAAAGUGGAUUGCAACUUGGAAUUGGCAACAAAAAUGACAUUCAUGUCAUCGAAGACAAGAAUUUUCCUGACUCCAUGACAGUGACUUGGCAUCCCCGUCUCAUAUCCAACCUCUUGACGAGUACGUUUGCCCCAAAAAUGGCCUCGAUAUCAACCAAAGAGGCCCCCCAAGCCAACAUCGAUGCAAUCAUUACCUUUGACGCCUGUGGCAUCUCCGGUCACCCGAAUCACAAGUCGCUGCAUGACGGCGCACAUACGUUCCUCAAGGCGCUGAUGCACAAGCACGGUGCUUGGGAGUGUCCCGUCAAACUCUACACUCUGACCACGACCUCCAUUCUUCGCAAAUACGCGAGCUUGUUGGAUGCCCCUGCCACCUUGAUCACUGCGAUCGUCAGAAAGAAAGAGCUUGGAAGCUUCCCAACACCUCUGCUAUUUGCCAGCUCCCCGUUCGCAUACAGAACCGCACAGAAGACUAUGACAACGGCGCACGAGAGUCAGAUGCGCUGGUUCCGGUGGGGCUGGAUCACGCUUUCGCGUUACAUGAUCAUCAAUGACUUGGUAAAAGAGAAGAUCCUAUACACAACAUCGCAAUAA